UAGAUUUUAUUGUAAAAAUCAGGAUUUUUCACCGCAGGCCUGUCGUGAACAUGAGCUGUAACAAUAUACACGAAAUGCACAGCACAGGUUAGCUGUGACCCGGAAGCUGGGAGGGCCUCUCGGGUUGGUAGUCCAGAUAAUUAAGAUAAUUAAGGUGGUUCAUUUUAGUUGCCAAAUAAAUAUAGUUUGAAUGAAUGUAAUAGCUUUUCAAGGAGCCCACUUAACAAUUUUCUAAACUAAUUGGACUAUGCUCUAACGUGGGUAGUUAAAAUCUCCAUUUCCUCCAAAGCUGAUUUAAACCACUGUAGUCUGUCUGGUCACAUAGGAACUCGGAUCCAGUUGGAACAGUGGUUAAUUUAGCUGACCUUCUUUUACAUUAGCGAAGGUAUUAAUAAUCAUGGCCUCGUAUAACAGAAACCUGGAAGAGUUAGUGGAUGGAGAAGUGGUUAUUGUGCAGAUGCAUUCAUGGGUCUCGUGAAUGAAUGAUGGGGAAUCCAGGAAGCUUUCAGAAGCUCAGCAUCAGUGUGUACCUACUUUGAGGGAGAGUCAGGAGCCUAGUCCCUGAAUUGACAGCAUCUUCCUCUAGCCUGUCCCUCAGCUCUUUCCCAGGUGUGUGUAGGAACGGGAGGUACCUGAGGAAGCACACCGGUCACUAAUGACACCAGUUCAUCUCUGCCAUUGUAUGUGAUCGUGAGUACACUUCGAUGUGCCUGAGCUGGGAAGAGCAUUCCACAGCACUUACUGUGUACAAAGAACACAAAGUUUAUUCCAGAGUGUAGAUGUUUCUAAAUUAAUAAUGGAGCUGCAGCGUGGAGACUCAAGGAGACAACGGGGUUUCUGGUUUGGGGUCCCUGGACCCUUACUGAGUGUAAACAUGGAUGCCAAGGUGCCAGAAACCUCUGAAAUGGUGAGCAGCAUUGGAGAGGAGUAUUUUCUGGCAUGGCAGUCCUCUUUUGCUUUUUAUGUUUUGAUUCUCAAAUAUGUCUUUGACUCAGAAAGAACAUUGGAUGCUUGAACUUUGAUGUUAGCCACUGGUGCUGUAUAUAAUUUAUACUGUUUUUGCCCUUAUAAUGGUGAUCAAAGUAGAGAGAUCAUUCUAGUUUAAUAGCUGAAGCAGGUCCAGAGUGUUUGGUGAUAUAGGCAGCAUUGCUUGUAAGUGCUGAAACUUUUAACCCAGUGGUGUCUGGCAUGACCUGGUUCCAUUACUGACUCCUCUGUGUGACACUGGGUAUGUCACAUACCUUCUCUGGGCCCGAAUUGCCUCAUCUGUAAAUCGAGGGGUUUAAACAUCAUCUCUUGAGGGCCCUUUUAGCUUUUAAACUGAGUCCCUAUCUGCGCUACCUGGACUGUUUUGUGGCCUCUCACAGGAGUCCUAGCAUCUGUCCUCUGUCAUGGUUCCCGUGCUAGUGCGAGCUGUCCAUCUCAGGAACACUUUGCAGCAGCUCUGUGUUUUUCUACAAGUGUUCCAACCCUGGUCAGCUUGUAGAGCCCUUUUCUUAUAAAACCUCAACGAAUUCUAGAUGUGACACAAAAUCCUGCUUUCAUAAUUUUAUAUCAAAGCUUAUUUUUUAUUGCAAUUUGUUUUAAUAUGUUUGCUUAAUUCUGAGUUAAGGAAGGUAAGAUGGACCCAGUUCUCUACUUGUUGCUUAUUAGCCUUACUCUGAAUAACAUUUUUAAAAAAUGCAGUUAUUGAUUUGGGGGAGAGUGAUAUGGAUUUGUUGUUCCCCUUAUUUAUGCUUUCACUGGUUGAGUCUUGUAUGUGCCCUGACCGAGAAUUGAACCUGCAACUUAGCAUUGUGGGACAGUGCUCUAACCAACUUGGCUACCCAGGCAGAGCCUGAAGAACAUUUUUGCGGGGAAGAUGCUAAUUCAAGUGUCUAUGAUGGAAAGUUGCAGGGACUUUUAGCGCUGCUCAGACCAUGAAAUUAUGUUGGCCAUGGAUGAAAUGCUGCACCCAGAUGUGGCCCAGCCUGUGGCUGUAGGUAUUUCGAAUGUCAUGAUUAAGGGUUUACACCGGAGUCUGGGGACAGAGCCUGCAGCUAAUUGCUACUAGCGUGGCUCUCAGAUGAUGGUUCUCCUUGAUAAGAUGGUCGUUCAGAGGUGGAGAGGAAUGACCUGGGGGUGAGGGCUGCCAGGGGGCAAGCCUAAGGGACUGUCAGCCCCACACUGGCUGCUGGUGGAAGACAGGAGAGGCCAUAACAGGUGCAAGAAUGGCUGCGUUCCGCCUUCGCAGAAAGCUGGGAGUGAAGUAAGACUGCGUCCGAUUUGGAAGCAUGUUUCCUUAGAUCCUGACUUUCCUAAAUCCACCUAGGAAGGCUGGAUGUGCCUAAUCACUAUAUACCCUUUGAAAACCCCUUCUCAAAAUCCCGCUUUCAGAAGCGUGGUCUGAUAACAGUCAAGUUGUUUUCAUCCCGAAGUCUGUAGUCUGCGCAGACCUGCAUUUCUGUAGGUUUGCUGGAGUUCAGAAGUUUGAGCUGCCACUGAAGAACUGGCUGUGCAGAGGCGGGGUUUUCCGUCUCCAAUGAGGCGCCUUCAGUCCCCGGAAAGCCUAUCGUCUUUCACAGGGAGUGCUGGCUCUGUAAUCCAAGCAAUAGCCACGCAGCCCGUUUUAUUGUUUGUGGAGUCCUGUGGAUCCCAAGCGGCUCCCAGCUGGGAAAGAGGGCAAGUGGGCGGUUUAGGAUUCUGCGCUGGGCUGCGGCGGCAAGUGAGCUGAACUCUGAUUUCUCCUAAGUCACCUGUUCGGGUGAACUCGAAACUGGGCACCUGCGUCGACGCUGCAUCUCUUUAUCCAGGCUGAGGAGUUCCUUCUGUCUGCCACAGGCGGCUGGCUCUCUGCCCUCGCGGGGAAAGAUGCCUGGGAGAGGAGUAGGAUUACAGGUUGGGAUGCUAGGUGCACACCAGAGAGUCGGAGUGCCUUGGUUCUGUUCUUCGCAAAGUCCUGACAAGUAUUCCUGAAAGGAGCACCCUGCUUGAUUUUUAAAAUUGCACUUUUAUUUAUUUUUAUUUUGUUUGUGGGAGGGCUGUGGCUACCCUUGAUCUAGAAACCAAGUACCACAAUGUGGCUGGAGUAAAAAAAAAAUUCUUUUUGUUUUUUUAACCCCUCAUUUUCCUUUUCUUUGGAAUUGGGGUGCAUAAAAGCUGUGCCUGACUCUCAACAUUGUCUGAAUAAGUGGGAAGGAGCAGGCUCGUUAGAAGGACCUGGACCAAUUUAAAAACACGAGCUUUUUGUUUGCUGGGCUGUCCUUUGUCUGUAGUGGAUUUUGAUGUGAAAGAAGAUGAAAAAGGAAGGCUCUUCAGGUUCCUUCAGACUCAAGUCAAAUUCGGGUUCUCUCUCACGUGCCGUAAGUUGGAUAAAUUUCUCCUCCUUGUCCAGGCAGACAAAGAGGCUGUUUCGCAGUGACGGAGAGCUCUCGGUCUGCGGGCGGCAGGUGGAAGUGGAUGAUGAAAACUGGACUUACAGAACCCAGCCCAGAAAAGCGGUUUCCAACCUAGACGAGGAGAGCAGAUGGACCGUCCACUACACCGCUCCGUGGCACCAGCAGGAGAACGUGUUCCUUCCCAGCACGAGGCCCCCCUGCGUGGAGGACCUGCACCGCCAAGCCAAGCUCAACCUCAAAACAGUGCUGAGGGAAUGUGACAAACUGCGGCGGGAUGGCUGCCGGAGCUCCCAGUACUACUCCCAGGGCCCCACCUUCGCCACCCCCUCGAGCGCACUCUGUGAUGAGGACCAGGAUGAGGAUGAAGAAGCAGAUCAGAAGUGUUCUAUCUCUUCGUUGGAAGAGGAAAGACUUAUUUCCAUCAGGAGAUCUAAACCGCCAACCUCAAGCGACUUUCCUGAUCUUAAUACUCAAACGAACUGGGCCAAGUCACUUCCCUUGCCAACGCCGGAGGAGAAGAUGCGACAGCAUGCUCAAACAGUCCAGGCUGAUGUGGUUCCUAUUAACAUAACCGGGGAGAAUUUCGAUCGCCAGGCCAGCCUUCGGCGGUCUCUAAUUUACACAGACACUCUGAUAAGACGACCGAAGAAAGUCAAAAGGAGAAAGACUAUUACAGGAGUCCCUGACAACAUACAGAAGGAGCUAGCCGCGGGCACUGGCCACGACGAUGGUGGUGGUCACUCAGUGUACGCUCCAGACCGCUACUCGACACUAGGAAGGCUCGACAGCCAUCGGUCUGCCGGGCAGCGCUCCGAAACCAGGGACUGCAGCUGUCAGACCGAGGAAGUCAAGGUUGUGCCCCCUUCGAUGAGAAGAAUCAGGGCACAGAAGGGACAAGGCAUUGCUGCCCAGAUGAGCCACCUCUCGGGCUCCUCGGGGAACAUGUCCGUGCUGAGCGAUUCUGCGGGCAUCGUGUUCCCCUCCCGCCUCGGCAGCGACGCUGGCUUCCACAGCCUCCCGCGUUCCGGCGCGAGGGCCAGCGUGCAGUUUCUGGAGCCCCAGUUCGCGGAAGACCUGGACGGCGUGUUCCCCUACCAGAGGGCUAACCUCCAAGCAGAUGAAAACGGAGGACGGUUAGCAGGUGCCUCUAGGACCGGAACCCUCUUGAGGCCCAAGUCCCAGGAGCUGAGACACUUGGAGAGUGAAAACAGGACAGGCCCGGCAUGUGUGGUGUCCCCUCAUGGGACCUGCUCCACCAGCAUCAUCCCCAAUGCCACCCUCUCCUCCUCGUCGGAAGUGAUUGUCAUCCACACCGCUCAGAGUUCAGGGCAGCUGGACAGUAAAAUGACCAGCUCCCCGACAUACAUGAAGAUAAAAUCCAGGGACCGCCUCCUCCCCAGGCACUCUGGUACAGACGACCGGUGGUCUUCCAGUGGCAACUGGAAUGAAGGUCACUCCACCGUUGUUUCACAGGCCCUGGGCCCCCGUUCCCCCAGGAGAGCCCCACUGUUGUCCCUCUGUGAUUCGGCAGUCUCUCUGAAUACCCCAGCGAAUCAGGAGAAUGGGCCCCAAGCCAUGGCCUAUAACUGUAGGAAGAGCCUGAGCUUCCCAGCGGCCCCGCAGGAGGAUGUGGAUGGCAAGAGUGAGUCCAGUUAUUCAGGAGGCCGGGGGCCGGGCGUGGAGCCCUGGGAAUACAGCGCCUCAGGGAGUGGGCGGGCCUCCCCACUGAAGCCUCACCUGGCCACUCCUGGUGACUGCACUCCUGUGAGCAACAUGAGCAGCUGCAGUUUGGACCAGACGUCCAACAGAGAUGACGCCAGGUCCCUGUACUCAGAGGACCACGAUGGCUACUACGCGUCUGUGCACAGCGACACUGCCCCUGGGGCUGGGAGUCUGGGCGGUAGCAGCAAUGGCUUUGGGAACCCCAGGCACAGCGUGGUCAAUGUGUUUGAAGGAAGAACUCAGAAGAACCAAGGGGACCGGUCAAAUUGCCAUGACAGAUCUCUCUCUCGAAACAUCUCUUUGAAGAAAGCAAAGAAGCCUCCUCUGCCACCCUCUCGGACGGACUCCCUGCGCAGGAUCCCCAAGAAGAGUGCCCAGACCAACGGGCAGGUGCUCAACGAGAGCCUGAUUGCCUCACUGCACUACUCGCUGCAGCUGAACCUCCCGGGCAAGGGCGGCCUGUCGCCCUCCCAGAGCCCCUGCAGUGACCUGGAGGAGCCCUGGCUGCCCCGCUCCCGCAGCCAGAGCACGGUGAGCGCGGGCAGCAGCAUGACUUCCGCCACCACGCCCAACGUCUCCUCCCUGUGCGGGGUCACCCCGUCCCCGAGCGACACGAGCAGUGUCAAGUCCGAGUACACGGACCCCUGGGGUUACUACAUUGACUGCACGGGCCUGCAAGAAGACUCUGGGAACCCCGGCGGGGGCUGGCCAGCCUGCAGUGGGGCGCCAACUGGCAAUGGGCCAGUCCGCCACGUCCCAGAGGGCUCCAGGGCCGCCGUGCCCCCGGGGCCCGGUGGCUCCGUCAAACCAAAGAUCACGUCACCGGAGAAGUCGCAUCGAGUCACUUCUCCGUCCAGUGGGUAUUCCAGCCAGUCGAAUACACCCACGACACUCACCCCUGUGCCUGUGUUUUUGAAAUCAAUGUCACCAGCCAACGGGAAGGGAAAGACCAAGCCCAAGGUGCCGGAAAGGAAGUCCUCUCUGGUGUCUUCCGUGUCCAUCUCCUCAUCGUCCACGUCCCUCUCUUCUAACACGUCCACAGAAGGAAGUGGGACCGUGAGGAAGCUGGACGCGGUGCCGGCCUCUCUCCCUGCCGUUCCUCCUCUCCCGCCUCUUCCGUCUCCUUGUCCUGCCGACAGGUCUCCUCCUCUCCCUCCUCCCCCGCCUUCCGCAGAGUCCCCCGAGGGCUCUCCUCUGCCUCAGUCUCCCCUUUUCCCCCCUCCACCACCAGAAGUUCUUAUUCCCUUCUGUCCUUCUACUGACGCGUGCUUUUCUCCCCCCUCCCCAGCCUGUAGCCCCCCUCUGGGCCAUGCCCCUGUGCUGUCCCCUCCACAGUCUUUACCCUCCUUGGUUCCCCCGCCUGCCCCACCCCUGGACCCUAGCCUGAUGAAAGAUGCUAGGCCUUCUUUCAAAAAGUCUAGCCAGCCAGACUCCUCCCAGGAGGCCUUUAGACAGCCUGGGACCAAGCAGGAGGGCGGCAGACCCCCCGGGCCCCUCAUCACCACGGAAGCAUUGCAGAUGGUGCAGUUGAGGCCGGUGAAGAAGAACUCGGGAACCGAGGGAGCACUGUUUCAUGAACAAGCGUCUCAGGAAAAACGAACUCCAGUUGUGCCCCAGUAUCAUUUAAAGCCAUCUGCUCUCCUGAAAUCCCGAAAUAGCAUAAAUGAAAUGGAGAGUGAAAGCCAGUCUGCCUCCGUAACAAGCUCGCUGCCGACUCCCGCCAAGAUCAUGAGCCAGGGUCACCAGGACAGAGCGGCCGAGCGUGGCUGCAGCCCGGGCGGCCCUGGGGCGGCAGAGGCUGGACCCGGGCCCACCCCGCAGCAGACGGCCCCUGGACCUUCGCCCAGCAGGAAGCCGCCCCCCAUUUCCAAGAAGCCCAAACUGUUCCUGGUGGUGCCACCUCCGCAGAGAGAUUUCACGGCGGAGCCAGCAGAGAACGUGAGCGAAGCAGCGCCCAGCCCCACGAAGGGAGAGGCCGGAGAGAGUUGUGCAUCCGGGGCCGGUUCUGAUGAGACCGGCUCCGGCAGCUCGGUUCUUGAGGGAGGAGCUGCAGGAUCCACAUCCCCAGGCAGAGUGGACGCCAGUGUCCCCGUGGUGCAGCCUGAUGCCUCGCCAGCCCCCGAGCAGGAGGAGCCAGGCACCGAGCCCAGCGGGGACAGCGUGGAGAGCUGUCGGACUCUGCAGGACCCAGGGCGUGAGUCUCCGGAGACCGACUCAGCCCUCUCUUCCACAGAGGACUUCCUUAAGGAAGAAGGGAGUGAUGAGGCGAUGACCCCCAGCAGACCCCGGACCACGGAAGACCUCUUCGCAGCUAUUCACAGAUCCAAGAGGAAAGUCCUCGGCCGCAAAGAUUCGGAUGACGACCACGCCCGAAACCAUUCUCCCUCCCCGCCGGUGACGCCCACCAGUGCCGCCCCCAGCCUGGCCUCCCCGAAGCAGGUGGGAUCGAUCCAGAGAAGCGUGCGCAAGAGCAGCACCAGCAGCGACAACUUCAAAGCUCUGCUGCUGAAGAAGGGCAGUCGCUCAGACGCCAGUGCCCGCAUGUCCGCCGCGGAGAUGCUCAAGAACACAGACCCCAGGUUCCAGAGGUCGAGGUCGGAGCCUUCUCCGGACACUCCCGACAGCCCGUCCAGCUGUUCCCCAAACAAGAACCGAAGGGCCCAGGAGGAAUGGGCUAAGAACGAAGGCUUGAUGCCUCGGAGUCUGUCCUUUUCCGGCCCCAGGUACGGCCGCAGCCGAACGCCGCCCUCUGCCGCCAGCAGCAGGUACAGCAUGCGGAACCGCAUCCAGAGCAGCCCGAUGACCGUCAUCUCGGAAGGCGAAGGGGAGGCCUUGGAGCCCGCGGACGGCAGGGCGCGCCACGCCCUGGGCGCUGCGAGGGGCUGUUCGCUGGGUGGGCUCGAGGGGGACGAAAUGGACGAGGGCAGCCUGCUCUGUGGCGUGGAGCCCACCGCCUUGCUGCGGGCACAGGCUUCCGGCCCCGCAGAUGGGACGGCCAGUGCCGAGGGCAGGGAUCCGUCGGAACCGCGGGAGGUGCUCUGAGGGCAGAGAGUUGGGGGCAAGAACCGGGUCUCCCAGGUGAUGGGGGGCGGGUGCACAAUACUUGGCUCUAGGAGGCCAGAGGGGGCCCUUCACUGCCUGCCCCAGGCUCCCACUCCGUGUCUGUGCUGUGGGCCCGGGCCCUCCAUGCCCACAGUGGGUGAGGGCUGCUUAGGACUCACUUGGCACUUGCCCUGUGGCUUAAGAGCAAGUAGAAGCUUAACUUCUGAAAGUGCUUCCUGGGGAAGAUUUUUUUUUCUAAAUGUUGGGGGGUGGGGGGCAGUGAACAGGGGUGUGUGUGCGCAUUUUGAAUACUCUUUAUGUUAAAAAAUACACACACACACACACACACACACAACAGAUAUGUGAGGAAAAAAGAGUUAAGCUAGGUGGAGUAAUGGAGGUUCUGGACUAGGAGGUGAUGGCUUUAAAGGUCUGUUGGUGGAGAUGAGUGUGUUCCAGAAGGAAGGAGAAGACCGUUGCUUCUGAGAACCAGGUGCUAGAUUGGCUGGUCUGAGUGCACAGCACACUCACCGGUGUGCUUUCUGGUGAGCCCAGAAGGCAGGGGAAGGGCUGAGUGACUAACCGGUUCAGGUACUUUUUUCUGGGGAAAAAGGCUUUGCUCCUUUUUUGUAAAAAUGACACGUGGAUGUGGUGACGCUGUCACCGGGAGCCUGCGGCUGUGCCGCCACAGGCACGCAGCUUGUAGCCCGGGUUUUGGAACGGUGGGUCAUUUUUCACGUGGGUCUCCUCCUGGAGCGAGGGGGCCUCUGAGAACCCAGCUGAACUUGUGCACACUCAGAGGGGGCGGGGGAGGGGAGAAGGCGGAGGGGAAGGUGAUACACUGCUGGGAUUUGUUUCCUGCUUAGUAAAUGAAAUUAUUUUUUAGAAUUAAAAUUGAAAACUUGCACUAUAGAACUGUGGGCGGAGCGUUUCCUUUUAUAACUGUGUUUUUUUUUAACCAGAGUUUAAAUUUCCAUUUGGCAAUUUCUUAUCACUUGAAAUGUCAACAUUUGCUAACUUUUGGAUAUCCUUUUGGUGACACCAAAGAGAAAGUUCUGGCUGUUUCUCCUUGAACCGCCUGCAGGAUCGUGUCUUCGCCGAGAAGGGAUAUCAGAAUCUCGGAUAUCACCCGACUUUGACGAAAAUGCUGAAAAGUUCUUUAGUUUCAUAAACUGGUAAACAUUGGCAGGGCUUGGCUACGAGUUAGCCCUGGGAAAUGAGUUUUUUAGAUUUAAAAGAUUUUUUGCAUCAUUUGGUUUGUGUGUUUUUAUAUUUUUUAUAAUUAUAAUUGAGUUAGGUAAUUACCUUCUAAUCUUCUUUGGUUAGAAUGUUAACACUUUUAGACAUGGGAAAAAGCGUGUGUAAAGUAUUUAUUUUUAUGUCAUAUUCUGGUGACCCCUUCCCCCACCCCCUCCCAACGGCCACGUCCUUGAUUUACUGGUGAGUAAAGCCCGAGUCGUCCUCGUCGGAAGGACCCGAGACGGCAGUCCUGAGGUUCUCGGGUCACAUCCCUGCCUUGCCGUCGUCUUUUCCGGCGUGAAAAUCUCACCUAAAAGUCGGACUGCACAGGCCGAGUCAUGAUGAGGUUUGUGCAGUAAAACUUCAGAUAUCCAUUUCAGGCACAUCUUUAAGACAAAAAGCAAAUCUAAAGAAUUAAGGCUCCUUCUGUUCUCUUAAGAAAACAAAACAGUUCUUUUCACACAACCAGAAAUCAACCUGACAUUUGGCCACAAGCAAAGGACUUUUUUUUUUUUUUUUUACUUUUUUGGAGCAAGUGUCUACUACGUUGGGAACGAGGAUUUUUUUUUUCUUCUAAAUUUUAGAAAAGUGGUGUUGGCUUUUGAAUAUGAAAUCUCAUAGCUACCUAGAAAAUACUAGAAUGUACAUGGCUGUCAGAAAACUUUAACAUAAUGUACAAAUUAUAUAUGUCGAAGGUAAAAUAAGCAAUGUCAAAACUAAUGAUAAAA